AUGACCAAGUGCACCAGAUGUCUUGGACAAGCUGCCCACUCUCUCACUACCUCACUUUCAGUUCACGUAGUGUCUUUAUUGCUCCCCUCAGGUACUUCACAGGGUGCCGCCAUGACUACUUGCAAUGUCACAGGCCACCCUUCUUUCUUCAUUCUCCAAGGCAUUCCUGGGAUGGAAGACAAACACAAAUGGAUAUCUAUUCCCUUCUCCUCCAUGUACUUCAUCACUGUGCUCGGAAACUGCACCAUCCUCUUCACCAUUUCCACAGAGCGCUCCCUGCAUAAGCCCAUGUUCCUACUCCUGUGCUUAUUGGCCCUCACAGACCUGGGCAUGUCGACAACCACCAUUCCUAAGGUACUGUGCAUCUUCUGGUUUGGCCAGAGUGAGAUCAGCUAUGAAGGCUGCCUGGUCCAACUGUUCUUCAUCCACUCCAUCUCUGCCAUGCAGUCAGCCAUCCUGAUGACCAUGGCUUUUGACCGCUAUGUGGCCAUCUGCAAGCCCCUGCACUAUGCCACCAUCCUUUCCAAUAAUCGCAUUGGGGUCAUUGGCCUAGUGAGUUUGGUGAGAGCCAUCCUCUUCAUUCUCCCCAUGCCCAUCCUCCUCCAGCAUAUGCCCUUUCAUGCCAACCGUGUCAUCCCCACCACCUAUUGUGAGCACAUGGCUGUGGUAAAGAUGGUAUGUGUGGACACCACAGUCAACCGGAUAUAUGGUUUGGUGGUGGCCCUGCUGGUUGCUGGAUUAGACAUCUCUGCGAUAGCCUCAUCUUAUGUGCUAAUCAUCCAAGCUAUACUGCGCCUCUCUUCUAAGGAAGCCCACCACAAAGCAGUCAACACCUGCACCACACAUAUCUGUGUCAUGCUUAUUUCUUACACGCCUUCGCUCUUCUCUUUUCUUACACACCGCUUUGGCAGAGGUAUUCCACCCCACGUCCACACCAUUCUUGGCAAUCUUUACUUCCUUGUACCUCCGAUGCUCAACCCAAUUAUUUAUGGAGUAAAAACCAAGGAAUUUCGGGAUAAAGUAACUAAAUACAGUUGUUGGAGGAAGGAGCCUAUAACAAUUGCCCCCAGGCAGAAACUUAUUUGA